AUGAGCGGUACAUAUUGUAUAAAUGGAACAAGUAUGCCAGAUACUAUGAAUGAUUUCAAGAGUAUAAUGGUACCAAUGAAUACAGGUGGAGUAGUCAUUGGUGUAAUACUUAUAGUUGGAAGUAUAUUAUCAACAGUACCACAACAUUAUAAUAUUAUAAAGUCAAGGUCAACCACUGGUUUAAGUUACCUCUGGAUGUACCUUGGUAAUAUCAAACAAUUCACUGGCGCUAUCAAUAUAUUUAUGUUAAAGUAUCCUCAAGUUGAUGCAUGUCGAGUACUUGGAUUCAUGGAGUGUGCGCCUUCAAUACUAUCAAUAUUCCAGGUGUUCUCAUUCUUUGCAUUCACAUUUCCUUUAUAUAUAUUAUAUAUUAUAUUUACACCUUUGGACUUGAAGAAAAUUGUAAAAGAGAAAGGAGAUAAAGAAGAAGAUGAAUAUAGAAGAGGAAAAAUAUUCUUUGGAAUCCUUUUAGUAUUCAUAUUAAUAAUCUCAGUACUCACUUCUAUAUUCAUGUUCCUGCUUGGACCAUGUCAUCAAAGAGCCUACAUAUUCGCUUACUCCAUUGGAAUGGUAUCAACUGUGAUCACAUUCAUACAAUGGCUACCCCAAAUAUAUAAGACAUUCAGAGAUAAGACAGUUGGUACUUUCUCGAUAAUGAUGUUAAUCAUUCAAUUCCCUGGAAAUGUAUUGAUGACAUAUUUCUUGAUAUUCGUAUCACAUGAGAGUGUAUCUACUUGGCUAUCCUAUGUUAGUACAACUUUACAAGUUGCAAUUCUUUUGGUACUUCUAUUAUAUUAUCACUUCAAGAAUAAGAACUUAAGUGACAAUAUAGCCAUGGAGAAUACUAAAAUAUCAAAGGUGGAUAUAAGUGUCUACCAAUCAACAACUUUG